AUGACCGUGGCCACAGACAAGAGGAGUGGGGCCACCUCACCGAGCUGGUUCCUGUCCCGAGCAGGCAGCACCGCGUCCGUUGUAAGAGCCCGGAGGACGGCUCCCGAAUUCCAGCUGACGCUGAAACACGACAUGGAACUAAUCAAGGCUCAGCUCUGUGCCCAAACCAAGGCGUUUGAGGCCCUCAGCCACUCCAUCACUCUGCUGGAGCAGGAAAGCCGCCAGCAGCGGAGCCGAAUUGCGCAGCUGGAAGAGGAGUUGAAGUAUGCCACCUGCUCGUCUCGUGGGACGGCCGUGGAGGCGGUGCUGCAGAGCAGGAUCCAGGAGCUGUGGAGAGCCGUGGCAGUGGAGGUGCAGCGGCUGCAGGCGUCCAUGAACCGGAAGGAAAGCUCGAUGGAGAACUUGUCCCUGGAGGUCCUGGAGAGCAAGAAAAUCCUUUGGGAGGAGCUGGAAGCUGUGCAAGCCGAGCUGCAGCGCAUCCACCAGAAGCUGA